AUGACUGCUCUCCGGACCAACACAGCCCGUCUUCUCCUUGAUCGCGUGUCCCAGGAUGAACGAGCACAAGUCGUUGAGCAAGUAGCGAAAUCGCUUGAUGCUGCCAGUGGAGCUGCUGAUGUUGGAGUUGCUGCCACGUUGUUACAGCUGCAGCCAAAUGAGAGAGCAAAAGCUAUUAUCGUAGCCCAUCUCAAGGAGCUGGUCGAGCGUGGCAAUGAUGCUCUGGUCACGGCAGUAUGUCAAGACCAUCUCGAGCUGAGAAGCGAUGUUUUCGCCGCAGUUGCUGGGUCUGUCCUUGACACGGCGACUCGGCUCAACGCAUCUGGUCGUAAAUGGAUUGCGGUGCCAGUGUCAGAUCUGCAAAAGAGCAAGGCAGCUAAUGGAAUAGAUGAUGAGUCUGAAGGCCAUCUUGGGAAGGCCGUCGAAGAGACGAUUCGAGCCCUGCAUUUCAUGACUCGAAUCGGGUCGCCCGGAGAAGACGAGCGCAACACAAGAACACUGCUCGAAGCAUGCAUCAUUCUCGUUGGCGCGAACGACAAGCGGCUAAGCGCAGAAGCACAGGAAGUGCUCUGCAAUGUUCUAUUUGCGACCGGAUCUUCGUCGACCAUCGAUCAAAACGAACUGUGGACACGGAUUCAGAGCCUACUUGCCUCUCCCGACACUUUCUACAAGACUGUUGGAUUCUCCUUAUGGCUAAGAUGGAGCGUGUCAGCUGUAGCGCCAGGGGCAACUAUCCUCAAACAGGAUACAUAUUGGGCGCUACUUGUCGAUGGUCUAGGACGAGGGGACGGAGAGCGGCGUAAAGCUGCGCUGCAGAUUCUCAGAUCUUCUGCCCAACUAGCCUUGCAAGACGUAUCACUAGUAUCGACCAUCGCUACUGUAGCGGCGCACGACCAAGCUCCAGCUGCAAUUCAAAAUCAAUACGAUCGCUUCUGCACUGUCUUCGAGACCAUAGUUUUCGGUCGCUACUUGAAUCAAGUACAAGAAUGCGAGGCUGAUUUGGACUUCCUUUCCUCUUCUCGUUCGGCCGUGCAGCCCAUAUGGCUGUACACACUCCUGACAUCGGCCCUGGACCAGAAGUUCCAGGAUUCAAAUCGCAAAUUCAUCGGUGCAUGGAUCAUGCGGUCCAACCCAAGAACAGAUGACACUAAGGGGUACUUGACUUUCUUCCGCACUGCCCUCUUGCCAUGGUUUACUGGCGGAUCCAUGUUUACUGCAACGCUGCGAAAGAAAGGUGAGAUUCUACGUUGCGAGCAUGGAGAGGCUUUGGCGACGUACAUCUGCCAGCUACUGCAAAGCAACUCGGACAUCGCCGGUGGGAUCAUCGAUUCGAUUCUGGACUCUAUCAUCGGCAGACACGGAAACAACUUCGCAUAUGCCGUAGUCCAUCUUGUGGACGGGAUUGGGCAGGCAUGCGAUGCUGAUCUCACCUUGACAUUGAACAACGAUCAGCUGGAGAAGCUCGCCCGAAUCGCGACAUGGGCAGGACUUCCUGAGGUUGCUCGAGAUUAUAUCCUAGCUCGUGCGUGGAAGUUGUGUCACGACCAUGUCCGGAGAGAUACAAGUGGCUCUCACAGCGAGCUUGUCACAUCAACAGCGCAACACUGGGAAAAGCUUCAGCAAUGGAUAUUAACGCUACGUCCGGCGGCAUCUGCGCACGUCGACGGCAACAUCGCAUCUCUGGCGCUUGAGCCAUCGAGAAGAGAGAAAUACGAACAGAAGACGAUUGAAAAGUGCGUCGCGCUGGUCAAAGGGCUUCAGCAGCACACUUCCGCAUCAGAUCAGUCGGGACAGUACGAGGCUGCCAUUGACGACAUAUUUGGUGACCUGGACUACCUCGAAUACCCGAAGUCCCUGUGUGUGAUACUGCCGACGGUAGUACCGAACAAGCCAUUGGUGGAAGCUGCUUGCGCCUCAGCAGCGAGUAAUGCAGAUGGCCUUGCUGAUGUCGUAUCAGCAAAGGUCAUGGACGUCGUGGGUCUCACGGAGGUCAGAUCAUAUAUGCUCCCGCCCUUCGCCUCGGCGCUGCGGGAUGUUGUCCUGCGAGUACCUUCGGCCGUUUCAGUCGUCCCUAUCGAGGAGGUCAUAGUUCGCUUGUCCGAGCACGCGCCUUCGCCAACACCCGACGCUCAGCUCGAAGAUGCGACCAUUCCCGUAUUACAGACAUUGGCACCGGAGCUGGCCAGACUCGACUACGAAUUUUAUUUCAGCCCACGUGAAAGCAAUGGAUUCGCGGCACUCUUGGACAUCGCUAGUCGUAUAGGCUCUGUCAACGCUGACAUCAACCGCCAAAUCUUCGACCGCAUCUUGAAGCGAUGGGCAACGCAAAAGACUCCACCGCCAACAGUCAGCGUUUGGAAGACUGCCAUGCAGCUGCAGGUAAUGCUUUUGUGCCUUGAACAGCUACUUCCGCACGCAGCUGCCACGGAGAAAGCAAACAUAUUGAAAGACCUCCACCAAGUUCUCGCCAUCGAGCCACUUCCGAGGUAUCGUUAUCUGCUGGAAUGGAUGAUCGCGCGGAUCUAUCUGCAUGCUCCGGAGUUGAAAUCGAAAAUCUUCGAAGAGCUUGGGACUAAAGAUCACCACUCGAAUCCGAAGUUUUUGGCAUCAUUGAUGAAGCUUGGGGUGAUGAUUGCAAAGACAGAGAGCUCUGACGAAUCAUUCGGAAAGGACCUCGCCGCGAUCUUCGUACCUCUGGCCGCGUCAUCCAAGGUCGUUAUUCGCCACGAAGCUCAGUGGCAGAUACCGGUUCUCAUGGAUCAUGCUAGAGAUAAAGGCUGGAAUUCGAUCACAGACGACUCGGCGUUCAAGGCUUUGGACGAUUUUAUUCGAAGUCUUGAGCGCUUUGGAGAUCCUCCUCUCGAGCGUCAGAUCGACAAGCUCGACCCUGUCAAGGACAAUAAUUUGACGCAUCUAGUGGAAGGCUCGUGGUGGGACCUCGACACAGUUGAACAACGCCAAGCCAACCGAGAGGACUUUGUGCGAUUGUAUGCUGCUGAUGAAGUGGAGAGCACCCCUCUACCGGAAGCCUGCAUGCCUCUUGGAGAGCCUCGUGCGUCAAGGCCACUAAAGGAGGAGGAUAGCACCAGGACGGCGAUCAACCAGCGCAAGAUCCUCCAGAACAUCGACAACAUCUCCCGUGCCCUGGGCUCUGGUCCUGUGGCUGUACCCACGGCCGCGUCUACUGCACUCCAGACGAAAGGAGCCGCUUACCUUGAGAGUGCGCGCACUCGCUUCGACAACCUUCUAGUCGUGGCCUCGUUGGUCGACAAUCCCUACAACCUGGGUGGUCUUUCCCGUGUCUCCGAGAUCUUUGGCGCGGGCGGCAUGUACCUAACCAACCCCAACGUAACCUCAAACAAAGACUUCACCGGCGUGAGUGUCUCCUCGCACUUACACUUCCCCAUCAAAGCCUUAUCCGCCGAAGGCAUUCCCGAGUUCUUGGCUAAGAAGAAACGAGAAGAAGGCUACAAGGUUGUCGGUAUUGAACAGACGGAUCGAAGUGUGCUGCUGGGCUCGAAAGAAUGUGUCCUGCCGGAGAAGUGCAUUCUAGUGAUGGGGAGCGAGAGGGAGGGGAUUCCGGCGUUGGUGCUCAGUGAGUGCGAUGUGUUGGUGGAGAUUCGGCAGGUGGGUGUUACGAGGAGCUUGAAUGUGCAGACUGCGUGUGGGAUUGUGCUUUCGGAGUGGGUGAGGCAGCAUGGAUAG